AGUUUCAGGAGUGCUGUUCUCGAAUAGAGAAAUUGUGGCUAAAGUUUCUUCAAGUUACUGUUGUGGACUAUCGUGAAAUCAUUCUUCCCCUUGCAAGAUCAUACCAAUGGAUAGAAUUGAAGAAACGGAUUCCUUUUUAUCUAAAUCAUCGUAAAGCUGCUGCCUUGUGACCAUGAGGUCAUGGGUUCAAGUCCUGGAAACAGCCUCUUACAGAAAUGUAGGGAAAGGCUGCGUACUAUAGACCCAAAGUGGUCGGACCCUUCCCUGGACCCUGCGCAAGCGGGAGCUACAUGCACCAGGUUGCCCUUUUUUUAUCCUGGUACCAGGCGUCUUGGAUUUGCUGAUGCCAAUAUUGAUAUUAUAUGCGGAACUUCUGGCCAAUCUGUCAAGGAAAUGGCAAGCACCUCCAGUUCUCAACAAAGCCUUACUGUUUCCAACAAGAACAAUGCUGAUAAAGAAUUGUCUAUCUUGAGUGUAAUCAUACAGUCAUUGUGCAAUCUGAGGCAUUUCAGAGACAAACUUCUGAUGGAGCCACUUGUAUGGAUCCCGUCAGUUGAAAAUCCCUGCAUUGCACAGCAAUUUUAUGAAAUCUUCUCUUCUUGGGAGAAAAACGACCACCACUUAACCGAUGUUGUACUGACUUACAUGAAGACUCUUCUCUGCAGAGUUGUAGAUUGCAGCACUUUUUAUGAAAAGGUUGGGAAAACUUUUGCUUCUGAGAUUGUGGCCACAAUUCUCAUUGAAUUGCAUAUGUCAGAAACUUGUUCGCGUUUUAGAGAAAACAAGGAGACUGAGAGACAUGUAGUGAACCGAAUCACGUGCGGAGAUUGCAUAUGCCCAACACAUUAUCUUUUUGGGAUCAAAUUCGAUGCUCAAAUCAGCUGUAGCUGUGGGAAGUCUUCCGGUGAAUACCUGUAUACCACACUUUUCCAUAAACUUGAUGCCAGUUCACCUCAAACAGCAAAGAUCAAGUCCUUUGCAGAGCUUCCGGUUCUAUUGGAUGAACAGUUUCGCGAGGACAACAAAUGCGACCAUUGUGGAAGUCUGCAGAAUAUUGAUCUCUUUCUUUCAAACACACCACACUUCUUUACAGUAGUUUUGAACUGGCUGGGUGGCAGUGAAAGCCAGGACGCACUAUCUGAAGUUCUGGCUGGCAUCACGUCUCCCCUUGACACUGAGUUCUUUUGCAGAAGUGCUCAUUCUGCAGCUAUGUAUGCUGUCACCUCCAUGAUCUGCUAUGCUGAUGACCGCUACCUCUGCUUUGCUCGCGACGAGGACAAGUGGGUCAUAUAUGGCUUCGAGACUGUUAAGAGAGAAGAUAGUUGGGAGCAUUUGCUAGAACGUUUCAAGGACUGCAAGCUCCAGCCUGAAUUUCUAUUUUUCGAGGUCAUCAAGUAGACUGUUGUAUAGCUACUUUGCAGAAUGCAGACCUCUGUCUGACGAUCAGAGCCAACUCUGGACCCAGUUUUUUUUUUGUUUCAUUGCCACUAUUUUGAUGUUGUUUGGCUUGAUCACUCUGACAUACGAAUACAGAUAAAUUCUUCAGAGAUGGUAUAAAUUGUUCUGUGUGUUCUUAACUCGA